AGAUGGUAGACUGAUAAGCGAUUGAAAAACGGAAGAAGGUCCUCGUAGUAUCGUUAGCUAAUCAUUGCUUUUUUAGAACCAAUAAUACUAAUAUGUGUAACUUAAAAAUGUAGCAAAUAACACUGUCUUUAUGACAAGAACAAUGAGUCAACAUCUUCCCUGUUCUUUAUACAAUAUGAACACAAGAAACACUUAUACAGCAAGUAGCAACAAAACACUAGUGGAAACUGUUGCAUUAACUGGUGGAUUGCCUACGCCUCAUAAAACUUCAUUACUUCCAGGUGGAGAUAGGUUCAGUUUUAACAAAAUUAUCGAAAAAACAUCAAAAAGCUCGCCAAGACAAGACAGUGGUGGACCAUUUAAAGCUGAUCACAAUAUUGUGCUUGGAUUAAAUUAUUUAAGUCACAGAUACCAACAACUUACGCCAUUAUCAAGACGAAAAUCUUCUUCACUUUCAGAUUUGCAAAAUACAGAUGGGAACUUGGAUGAUGCUUUUUACAAAGAAAAAUAUAGAAAAGGCUUCUCCAUUUCUAAAGAUGUUAAUGCGGAAGAUACCAAAGUGCGAAGUGUAUCAUCAGGGAGAGGCGAAGAAAUUUUAAAAACUUGUCGAACAAAAAUAGCUUUGUUAACAAAAGAAGAGUCAUUAAGGAACCCUGCAAACCACAGAGUCAACCAGUCAAAAGAAUAUUUGUCUGAUAGAAUAAAACAGAUAAAUAUAUCAAAUAGCCAAAAAAAUAUGUAUAUAAAACUUCAACGUAAAGCUUAUCAAAGAUCUAGUCCUGAUAUCUUUAAGGAUAGCAAAAAUGAAAAACCUGAACAAAAACAAAGACGUUCUUCAGUUGAUUUAUGCUACUUGAAAGGCAAUGUUGUGGACAGUGGAAAGGAGAAAGUUUUUAUAAGUAUUAAAAGGAGUGCUAGCUUCACAUCCAUCAGAACAAAAUCAGAUUUUGGUUCAGGAUUAAAUGGAAUGAGAAAUUUGGGAAAUACGUGCUUUAUGAACUGUAUCUUACAGUGCUUAUGUAAAUCAAAACAUCUUCGAGACUAUUUCUGUAGAAGGAAAUGUAAUACCGACUUAAACAAGUAUCAUGCACCUACAAAAGGAAGGCUUGCAAUCGCUUUUGCUGAACUGAUAAACGACAUGUGGACUCAGAACAAUGAUUGCAUAACACCGAGCUCAUUAAAAUAUGAAGUUCAAAAAUAUGCAAAGAGAUUUUCUGGUUCACAGCAGCAAGAUGCACAAGAAUUUUUACGCUUUUUUAUCGAGGGUGUCCACGAUGAUUUGAACUAUGUGAAACAAAAACCUACCCUUGCUAUUCUAGACGACUCAGGGUUGAGUGACAUUGAAAAGUCGAAAAAAAACUGGGAUCGAUAUUUGCAGCGUGAACGCAGUGUUAUUCAAGAUUUAUUUGUUGGUCAACUAAAAAGUAUUUUAACGUGCACAACAUGUUCCCAUCGCUCUGUAACGUAUGACCCAUUUUGGGAUCUAUCUUUGCCCAUACCGAAAUCUCGCAUUGGUGAUGUAAAGAUUUCUGAAUGUUUUAGUGCUUUCACGCAAGAAGAGGUGCUUGAUCGCGACGAAAAACCUACGUGCGAAUCGUGCAAAAAACGAAGAAAAUGCACAAAGAGAUUCCUAAUUGAAAGAUUUCCACAAAUUUUAGUAAUUCAUUUAAAACGCUUCUCCGGACUACGUUAUCGCACCAAAUUAGAUACAAAAGUUAGUUUUCCGUUUGAAUUGGAACUUGAAAAGUUUGCUGCCAACACUUCAGAUGUAACUGACUUUCCAAGAUAUUCUUUAUAUGGGGUCGCAAACCACAUGGGUGGGACGUAUGGUGGCCACUACACAGCAUAUUGUAGACACCCUGACACCAAUAAGUGGCAUCUUUACAACGAUUCGAGAGUGAAAGAAGUGUUGUCAACGAGUGUGGUGACGUCAUCUGCUUAUGUGUUGUUUUAUGAACUUGUCAAGUAAAAGUAAAGUUGGAUGGGUUACUUCACUAAUCUGAAAAUCACGUGCGAUGCUUCUUUGUAGAGGAUAUUUUUUAUCUCGAUGUCGUCCAUUAUAAUGGCUGCUAAAUUGAAACCAAACUUGCACGUUAUAUACACAUAUAAGAAAUAGAAUUGAAUAAAAACUAUAUAUAUUCACUGAAUUCUCAAUACAGAAAAGAAUGGUUUACUAGCGCUAAACGAGAUUGCUAGUGGUAAAAUCGCUUCUUUUCCGCCAUUUUUAAAAUUUGGGUUAGAUUUUAAAACGAGCACUAAAUUUAAAACUUCUCUUCGAAUUUUAUGUACUUGAUUAAGUUGUUUUUAAUAUUUGAGUAAAAAAGAGAAUUUUUAACCGUUUUCUAAAUGUAAAUAUGUAUAUAUAUUUAUAUAUGCUAUUUCAACGAAUGUAAUUUAUUAUAUAGAUUAUGAGUUAAUUAUAAAAAUAUAUUGCAAAUUUUCU